GAUUUCUGGCACGUUGAGAAAGAGGUCUGCUUUCUCAGAUACGCUAUUAGUUACAGUUACAUGCAGGUUUUUCGUGAUAUCGUGUGUGUCAUUUGUCGAUAAAGAAGAGUCGACGCAAGUGACGAGGAUGUACACCACUGGACUCAAUCCUUUUUACGCAUCUAAUUUUAGCCUUUGGUCCGCUUAUUGUUCCGGCGGUUUUGCGAUGGAUACCAUGAAGAAGCCCUCGUUUUGUAUUGCCGAUAUACUUCAUGUUGGGGAUCCAGAAGGCAUGCCUGGCACGUCAGCACUUAUGGCUCAUAUGGGAGCCCGGUCUCAGGUUCAUUCUUCAGGAUCUCCUCUGCGUCCCUCCCCGGUGGCCCCGGAGGCGUCUGUCUUCGGACCCAGAGUGAACCCUGCCUCUGCGUACCACAGACACGGAAUACACUUGACCGCUGUGUCCAGAACGGGGCUUAACUCCCAGUCAGCGCCACCACCAUCAAGCAAGGAUCUUAAGUUCGGAAUCGAUCGGAUAUUAUCCACAGAUUUCGAACCAAAAGCAAAGGAAACGUCGGCUUUACGAGAUCUCACGUCCAUUGUUAGUUCGAAUCGUCAGUCAGCGGUCCAUGUCUCCUUGCAGCCGUCUGCAAGCCAGUACUUCGCAUCCAUAGACCCAGGGAUGAGCGACCCGUCCUCCAUGAUGAGUUCAAUAGGCAGCACCGCCAGACAAUCAGGGCAGCAUCAGUUCCAGGAUACCUUUCCAGGACCCUAUGCAGUUCUCACCAAAGACACCAUGCCUCAGACGUACAAGAGAAAGCGAUCUUGGUCCAGAGCUGUGUUUUCGAACCUGCAAAGAAAAGGACUUGAAAAGCGUUUUGAAAUCCAGAAGUACGUCACAAAACCCGACAGGAAACAACUCGCUGCGAUGUUAGGCCUCACCGAUGCACAGGUCAAAGUGUGGUUCCAGAACCGACGAAUGAAAUGGAGGCAUUCCAAGGAAGCUCAGGCACAGAAAGACAAGGAAAAGGAGCAACCAGAAAAAAAUUUGUCAGAGGCCGAUCAAAAGGAGCCGGAGGAGUCUGAGUGCGAAAGUGAGCCGAGCGAUUCCGAAUUCGAGGACGGACCGGGAGACAAGAGUGACGUGGACAUUUCUGAACUUAACAAAACCAGCGUAAUUAUGUCCGGGGCUCUCCCAAUAAGCACGGAGGACACGACAUCAACAAGUUCCCUGACGGAGACGGCUGCAUCCUCGCAGAUGUCACUAUGAACUCACGGCCUAUAUAACAAGCCAAAAGACUAAUAAUUUAAUAUAAACACAUUGAUCUCACAGAGCCAGGUUGUAAUUUAAAAAGCGUCUUAAAGGAGAGAGCGUCAGCUGAUAAUUGGAUAGACUCCUGUGUUUGCUCCUCCAUCUUUGUGAAGUACGAUUUCUCUAACUUUUAUCAUAAAAGAGGAAAUUAGAGUAUUUCUCUAGUGAAUCUUCAUCUGAACCACUUAUUUUUUUUUCACUUGUAAACCAUCCGGAUAAUUUACGCAGUGUUAAAGUUAGACCUUUAAAAAGUCGAUGAACUUGAUUGCAUUAUAUUUUCUCAAUUAGAGUUUGCACUGAACUAUGUAAAUAAAAAUUUCUUACUCUUGA